CUUGUUAACUGUGAUUGGUCUAUCUUGAUAAAAUUUUGCAUAUCAAUAAUCGUACUUACCUUCGUUAAUGAGUUCUUCUCAGUCUAAAACUAGAUUUUAUUUGGAGUUUUCUUCGGCCUGGUUCGGUAAUUGAUUUUUCAGAGCUGCUUCAUUUUGUCCAAAAAGUAUAUUAAUUAGUGUAUUACCAUGUCGCUGCCGCGUUUUUACUUCGGUUUACUGCAGCGAAAAAGUUUUAGAGUAGCUGGGUUACGUAAUUUCAAUGUGAAAAGUACUCCACGCCUUGGGUUUCCUUGCACAUACUCCGAGGAAGAAACUCAGAAAAUUCUCAACACGCUCAACGAGGAGGACGUGGAACAACUCUAUAAGUAUAAUAUAUCAAAGUAUCGCCUUAAGAAAAUAGAAGGAUGGCGGAACAAGUUUGGCUCAUUUAUCUCCCUUGAACAAGUCCUCGAACUAGACGGGUUUGGAAUAACGGUUCUACGCAAAUUUUACGACUCCAUAGUACAGAGCCCCAAAAAUGAAGAAGCGGUUGCACAGAAAGCCAUAAAGAAGGAUCCUAAAUUUACCACCCCUAUCUUUCCGGUUACUGCUAUCCCGAAGGUUCAGAGCUGCGUUUCCCUGUACGUGGGCUUAGACUUCGUAACUUGGGCCAAGUUUAAGGUAGCAAAAGAUCAACCAACAGUUUUGACCGGGUGGAGCAGUUUCCAGAUAAGCGACCGCAAGUUGCACGUGAGCGAACUGAUCCACAAUGUGACUCAGAUCAACCAGUUGAUUCCGGAGGCAGAUGUGUACGUAGUAGAAAAUCCGGCUGUGGCGCAGAUGGUGGCCAUGGGAAGUGCAGUGCAAACCAACAUAAAUGUCCAAAAGUCUCAACUGAUUGCCAUGAUUAUGCUGAUGUUGGCUAAUCGCGUUCCGGAAUGUCCGGAUAUCGUGCCCAGUGUAUACUUCUUGAAACAGUAUACGUCGGCGCGUCUGUUUGGAAUCUUCGUCGGCAAUGAACGAGUAUCUGCCGAUAGUGUGGUUCGAUCCUUGAUGGAACGACAGAUUGGUCCUAAUGAAGAAAGCGUUCGACACGAACAGUCAAAAGUAGAUAUUCCAUCCGGUUUGAAAGUGGUUUAUGAAGAGAACGAUAGUGCUGAACGGGAAUUUUUAGGACAAUCGAUGUUAUUGGGUCUGUCGUUCUUAAGACUCUGUGUUUUUAAAUGCGAAGAUAGCUUGCAAGUUUUCCGGCGAUAAACUUGAGCUUGCACCAAAGGUAUGUACAUAAAAUAAUAUGGUUUAGUAUAUCAAUAA